CCAUUGAAGAAGUUUUUGCUCUGUUUAUUUCACAGAUUGAACCAGUCCAACUGUAAAUCUCUCCACUACUGUCAAAUUGAUGCCAGGCCAAGCAGCAGCAGUCGGUCAAGACCGUCAUCCAGACAUCUCUAUGACUCCCACAUCACACCACCAACCCUCCUCCCCUCCUACUGCAGCACACAGCUCAGGUUGGAGAAAACCUCCCAUCCCGUCCGUCAGCGCAGUGGGAGUCUGGAGUCUCUGUCUCAGAUGACGAUGGAGAGCAAAAGCCCGCCUCCAUCCUUUGGCGUCUUCCCGGCCCAAAGGAGCAGCAGCACGGAGGUCCUGGAUGACGUCUCCUCCUACACCAGCCAGUCCAGUGUCGAGUACAAUGCUCCAGCUAGCUCCGCCCACCGACGCGGCCACAGAAAAGACAUUUACAACAACACUGGCAGCAUGCCUAAUCUGUUGGAGUCAGAAAGCCUCUGGUACCAGAACCCCCCCCACACUCAGUGCCCCACUGCCUAUUACGUCACAGGCUAUCCCAGGUACAGAAAACCUGAACCGUACUCGCCUUACGGCGAGUCAGAGAGAUACUGUAGUUACUACCCACAUUACCACGCCACACAAGGACCUCAUCACAGUGACAGCAUGCACAGUCACUAUGCUUCCAAUGACACGGACGGGGUUACAUACAACACUUAUGGCUCCUUGGGGCCAGCAGGGAACCAUCCUCCAUUCCCCAGCAGCAUGCAGCCGUCUAAGAGCUUCCAGAAGGCUCUGGUGGCUGAACACCUGAAGGGCUGGUUCCAGAGGAACGCCACGCAGAGACCAGGAGCACACUACUACGACUAUGAUCGAGUCUCCCAGCAGAGUCUGAGGUCUCAGCACUCAGCUGUGGUCUACGCCCAGAACAACAGGAACGCUCCCUGCUCCUCAGUGUCCUUAUCCUCAAAUGGAAACUGGAACGCCUACAGGAGUGACGGUCCUUCGUUAGACCAGCUAAACUCCUCCUACUUUUACAAUGCAGGCUCCAGCAGCCUGUCCAACCACAGCAGGUCCUACAGAGACGUAAACCCCUUGGAAUCCCACAGCAGCCAAAUGCACUCCAGCUCAGCUCAAGGAGAGCAGAUCUGCUGGCAUGAAGACUCAGAACCAGGAACAAUCGUCUAGCUGCUGGUCAGUGUGCUGGCUAACAUCUGAGCUGUUGGAAGAGUUCACUAUGAGUUUGUACUUUGCCAAAUGAAUUCCAACCUCAGAAUAUCAGGAAUGUUGAAUUUUGGUGACACUGUGUAGAAUUAAAAACCCUUUUUGCUCUCAGAGGUGCCAACUUUUCCACACAAUGCUGUUUAAUGAACAGAAAACACCAUUAAAAAUGUUAUCAGGUGCCCUUAAAUAACCGGGACGCGUUUAGGAAACUGUACUUGAAACUCCACAUCUGAACUGCCGUACAAAGAUAAGGAGACGUAGUUUACCUCCACAUGUUCCAAACAGCGGCCUGCAGUGGUUCCACUGUUAGCUGGAGUUAACAGACGUGGUCGUUGAAACAACCUGUUGGAGUUGCUGCUCGUGGUGGUCAGAGCAUCCCUGAUGGAUGACGGCCGGAUGCUUCCUCUCCUUAUGGGUCAUUACCACUCUUCUUGAAUUCUUUGGCUUCUUUGAUUGAACAUUUCUUUUUCCCGCUCCAUGAUGGGAUUGUUUGUUUUUCACUGGUCAGAAUUGCUUUGCUUCAAGCGAGUUUUCCUUUAUUCUCCUGUUCCUGUGUAUUUUUGUGCUCCUCUUGCUGGUGUUAAACAUUGGUCUUCUCCAGUAGAAGCGUUUCUGCCACACUUCAGUAUCUUGCAGAUAUUUGUCUUUUCUUCUGGUUUGUCCUUAGAGUGAAUCAUACUGAUGUACAGCUUAGUCAUUGGUUUUAGGUUGAGGGUUUCUGGGAUCUCUGCUCUGGUGUUCUCUGGAUGUGUGAACUGGUUGUGGUUAUAGAUGUUCUGGGGUAAAUAAUAAAAGACAUUCUUUUACUAAAAACAGAACCAUAGCCACACAAACAUCUGACUAACAGCAGAACCUAAGCUAGAAACGACGUAAACGCUCAUUUGAAUUUUGUGUGAAGUAUUUUUGACACAAAGGACUCCAUGAAGGAGGAAAUGGAUGCAAUGUCAUUCACAACAUGUAGUGAAGUCCAGUGGAAAGUUUACAAGGAGAAGCCAGAUGUACAUGUAACAGCAGGAAAAGGAGCAACCGUCCAGGUGGAGGGAUCCUCUCUGUCAUAAAGGUAAACGGCGGCGUGCUGAGAAGCGUUUGUCUUCACGUGGAUACGCUCUGAAGUUUACAUGGAAAUGUAAGGAAGGACUUUUUGUUGUAGCGUGAUCUUUUUAAGGUCUAAAACUGAUGUUCUGUAUACUUGAGCGCUGGAAGCUCCAUGCUAACCCUAGCAGUCUGUCAACGGUUGAUGAUGUCAUCAAGUGAAAGUGACGUCUGAAUUCAGAGACACGAUGUUUCCAUAACUGUUUGAAGGGUUAGAUGAAGGAGAAGGAAAGAAUUCGGAUCGGCUCGCAGACUGUCGUAAAAGAAGCAGAUAGUCAGUCAACAAGACUGUAAAAUGAAGGAUGGGGUUGGUUUGAUGGGACGCUCCUCCUUAAAGAAGUCUGACCCGGUUCUGACAAAGACCUGUCAGGUUUGUUCUGCAGACUGUUCCAUCAGAAUCAACAUGAUCAAUCAUGACGUGAAACUGAAGAAGACUGCAGGAAUAGAAACAUGUCAGUGAAUUACCACGUUCUGUUUGAUAGAUAAAGAAAUGAACUCUGAUUUUGGAAGCUGAUUGAUUUGACUUUCAUUUUGUGUCAGUUAUGUAAAAGUAAAGCCUUAAUAAAAAACAAAUCUCUGAUUCUGCAUUGAGGCAGCAGUCACACAUGCAGGAUGUCAAAGCAUCAGUCGAAUCUUCUGGACUUCUCUCCUCUUGAAACGUUUCAGCGUUCAUCCAUGAAUGUCAUCAGAUGAAGAGAGUCUGGGACUGAACUUCAGGACUAAUCUGAGUGAUCCUCAUGGAUCAAAUCUGAAUGAUCUUCAUGGAUAAAAUCUGAAUGAUCCUCAUGGAUCAAAUUUGAAUGAUCUUCAUGGAUAAAAUCUGAAUGAUCCUCAUGGAUCAAAUCUGAAUGAUCUUCGUGGAUAAAAUCUGAAUGAUCCUCAUGGAUCAAAUCUCUGAGUGAUCUUCAUGGAUCAAAUCUCUGAAUGAUCUUCAUGGAUAAAAUCUGAAUGAUCCUCAUGGAUAAAAUCUGAAUGAUCUUCAUGGAUAAAAUCUGAAUGAUCUUCAUGGAUAAAAUCUGAAUGAUCCUCAUGGAUCAAAUCUGAAUGAUCCUCAUGGAUAAAAUCUGAGUGAUCUUCAUGGAUAAAAUCUGAAUGAUCCUCAUGGAUAAAAUCUGAAUGAUCCUCAUGGAUAAAAUCUGAAUGAUCCUCAUGGAUCAAAUCUGAAUGAUCCUCAUGGAUCAAAUCUCUUCAGUUUCAUAUUUUCUGAGGUCAGGACAAAAACUUGAACAUGAUUUAUGAGGGAAACGUUCAACAUAUGUGUUCUAUGUAAAGAGUCAAUGAAGCUGUGGGUGGGUGGGGCUGUGUGGGUGGGUGGGGCUAUGUCUCAGUCAUGUGACCUUCAUCCAGCAGCAGUGGGGGGUGACUGCCGCCUUUUCCAUCUGCAUUAAUACAAAGAUGGAGCCUGCAGAACUACAGCAACGUGAAACACAAGUCGGUGUUUUUGAUGUUAUUAUUGACAGAAAUCUGGAGAAUUCUACUGAGUUUCAUGAUUUCAUGUAUUUAGUAUUCCAGGCAUCUCUGUUCUGAAGGAAGCUGCUGCUGGUUUCUUUAUUCUGCUGACUGAUGUGUAAAUACUAACAAUCUGUAUUUUCUUAUGAGUGUUUGUAAUCUCUGCUUUAUGGUGUUUGAUAGAAGAUUUUUGUGAGCCAGAAAACAAAUAAUAUAUUUUGUUCAGAAUUAGUAAGCUGGUUCUUAUUAAAUGAAAUCAUUGUUUGAAUAAAGAAAAGAAAAUGUC